GUGAGCUGUCUGCAAGCCUCUGGGCGGGCCCGGACGGGGGGCGGUCUCUCUGGAGAUAGAGAGGGAGGGAGCAGAGCCGCUGUUAUUGUUGCCGCGCUGUGAGAGCUGCUGGGUUGGCGGCUGUAGGGACUAGGGAAGGAGCAGCACCGGUAAAAGCGCCAUCAGCUCUGGGGCGGGGGGAACAUACCAUAGGCAGGGGGAGGUGGAGGAACGUUCUAACUUCCUGGGCUCGUUUUGGAUUGUUCUUCCCGGAUCGAGUUUUCCUGCAGCAUUGUGUUUUACAACAGGCGAUCUACGGAGCAGCCGCAGCCAGACUGCAUUCCAAGUGGAAUCCCAUGCUCCCCCUGCACAGGCCAUUAAGAGGGAUCGAAAACAGACCACUCAUUGGUGCCCUGAGAAUUCCGAGUGCAUAACUUCUCAGAUACACAAAAGGAGAUAGCCAGGGAGGAGAAAUCGAGCGCCACGUGAUGGUUCAUCGCCUUUUUUGAAGAGGAGGAUUGCAAGCGGAGUUUCAGGCACGACCUGGCAGCACGGAUUAAACAACUGCUGGAUUAAUCUUGGGGAGGGAGUUGUUCUGGACAAGAACAGCCUUUCCUGCACAGGAGGAAGAAGGCAUGUAAGAAGAGACUGGCAUUUAAUCUUGUGGAGGAAAUCUAUUAAAGAGCCCAGAUCGGAGUGGAUAGAAGCAAUGGGAAUUGGAGGCCAUGGUAACCUGACAUAAAUGGCAGGCUGGAGGGAUUCUCGCCUCUUCUCUUCCUGCUUUGUUUUUUUAUUCUGGUGCUGCUGUUUCUGUUUCCCUGAGGAAUUUCACAUUGUUAUACUGAGCAAGCAAAGGAAAGUGAUCCAGCAGUUUGGGUGAGUGUUGGGACGGGGUGAGGUGGGUGGCCUCACCAUGAUUCAUCUCUGGAAACUUGUGCGUCACAUGCGACAGUUAGAGCUCCAUCGCUUGAUCUUGCUACUUAUUGCCUUCAGCUUAGCUUCCAUGUGUUUCUUGGCUUACUAUGUUACUAACAGCCCAAAAAUCAAGGAGCCACCCCCUCUACCCUUCAGUGACUGCAGCAGCCAGCAGAGAACUGUGGUGCAGCCCCAAGCUAGCUGGCGAAUUGCAAAAACGGUGGAUACUUCCCGUACUGAACCAGUGGUACUUGUGUUUGUGGAAAGUAUCUACUCUCAGCUUGGACAGGAGAUCGUAGCCAUCUUAGAAUCUGGACGUUUUAAGUAUCGGACAGAAAUAGCCCCUGGAAAGGGGGACAUGCCAACAUUGACUGACAAAGACCGGGGUCGAUAUGCUCUCAUCAUUUAUGAGAAUAUACUGAAGUAUGUGAAUUUAGAUGCAUGGAACAGGGAACUGCUAGACAAAUACUGUGUGGAAUAUGGGGUUGGUAUCAUUGGUUUCUUCAAAGCCAAUGAGAACAGUUUACUUAGUGCUCAGCUGAAAGGGUUCCCUCUUUUCCUACAUUCCAAUUUGGGAUUACGGGACUACCAUAUCAACCCAAAUGCCCCUCUUCUUUAUGUCACUAGAGCAAACGAAGUAGAGCAGGGCCCCCUCCCUGGGGAUGACUGGACAGUAUUCCAGUCGAAUCAUAGCACAUAUGAACCUGUUUUGCUAGCUAGCACCAAAUCCGCAGAAUCCAUUCCUCACCUUGCCACACAUAAGGCACUUCAUGCAACAGUGGUCCAGGACUUGGGCCUUCAUGAUGGAAUCCAGAGGGUGCUCUUUGGCAACAAUCUUAACUUUUGGCUGCAUAAGCUAAUAUUUGUUGAUGCUAUCGCCUACUUGACUGGCAAACGUCUCUGCCUCACCCUUGAUCGUUAUGUUUUGGUGGAUAUAGAUGAUAUAUUUGUUGGUAAAGAAGGCACAAGGAUGAAAGUUUCUGAUGUUGAGGCCUUGCUGAACACUCAGAGCAAGCUGAGAACACUUGUUCCAAAUUUCACGUUCAACUUGGGUUUCUCUGGAAAAUUCUAUCACACAGGUACAGAUGAAGAAGAUGAGGGAGAUGAUAUGCUGCUUCUACACAGGAAGGAGUUCUGGUGGUUUCCCCACAUGUGGAGUCACAUGCAACCUCACCUGUUCCAUAAUGUCACUGUCCUUGCAGACCAGAUGAAACUCAACAAGCAGUUUGCCCAAGAGCAUGGUAUCCCUAUAGAUUUAGGGUAUGCUGUGGCACCUCAUCACUCAGGUGUGUACCCAAUCCACAGCCAACUCUACGAAGCCUGGAAAUCCAUAUGGAACAUCCAGGUAACCAGUACAGAAGAGUAUCCACACUUAAGGCCAGCACGCUUCCGGAGAGGUUUUAUUCACGACAAUAUUAUGGUUUUACCACGACAGACUUGUGGACUUUUCACUCACACCAUUUUCUACAAUGAAUACCCUGGUGGCUCAAAAGAACUUGACAAAUCCAUCCGUGGUGGUGAACUUUUCCUGACUGUUCUACUCAACCCAAUCAGCAUCUUCAUGACACAUCUCUCAAACUACGGCAAUGACCGCCUGGGGCUGUACACCUUUGAGAGCUUAGUGAAGUUUGUGCAGUGCUGGACCAACCUGCGGCUACAAACGCUCCCACCUGUCCAACUGGCAAAGAAAUACUUUGAAAUCUUCCCUGAGGAGAAGAAUCCUUUGUGGCAGAAUCCAUGCGACGACAAGAGGCACAAGGAUAUCUGGUCGAAAGAGAAGACCUGCGACAGAUUGCCCAAGUUUCUUGUUGUUGGACCCCAAAAGACCGGUACUACUGCACUAUAUACCUUUCUUGGCAUGCACCCCGCUGUCACUUGCAACUUUCAGAGCCCAGUCACUUUUGAAGAGAUCCAGUUUUUUAACGGGAUAAACUACCACAAAGGCAUCGACUGGUAUAUGGACUUUUUCCCUAUGCCAUCCAAUGCCAGCACAGAUUUCAUGUUUGAAAAGAGCGCGAACUACUUUGACUCAGAUAUGGUACCAAAACGAGCUGCUGCUCUCCUCCCCAGAGCCAAAGUUAUUGCUGUUCUGAUCAAUCCAGCAGACCGAGCUUACUCCUGGUAUCAGCACCAGCGAGCACACAAUGAUCCAGUAGCGAUGAACUACACGUUUGCUCAGGUGGUAUCUGCAGGGCCACAUGCACCACUAGAACUGCGAAACUUGCAGAACCGCUGCCUGAUGCCCGGGUGGUACACUGUGCACUUGGAGAGGUGGCUCGCCUACUUCUCUGCCAACCAGGUUCAUAUUGUGGAUGGCCAAGAGCUGCGGAGUAACCCAGCCACUGCUAUGGACGGCAUCCAGAAAUUCCUGGGAGUGACGCCACAUUAUAACUACACCCAGGCCCUUAAGUAUGAUGAAGCAAAAGGAUUUUGGUGCCAGUUGGCAGAUAACGGAAAGACAAAAUGCCUUGGAAAGAGCAAAGGCCGAAAAUACCCAGAAAUGGAGCAAUCUUCUCGUAGUUUCCUCGCAGACCUCUUUCGGGAAAACAACAUUGAACUUUCCAAGCUUUUGAACCGACUGGGUCACCCACUGCCAACAUGGCUACGAGAGGAGCUUCAGAAUUCCAGCAGGAGCUGAAGAAGUUGUCCCUUCGGCAGCCUCUGAUGAAAAAUGGUGGCAGCGAUGAAAAGCCAACGAAGCCUGGGAAGAUUUCUUUGACUUGCUCUUUGCUCCCGUUAUGGAAACAAACAACACUAUGAAUGGCGACAUUACUUGUGGGUACGAUUGUGUUCUCAUUGCUGUGGUACGUGGACCUCUAGUGUGACAGCGAACACCUUUGCCUGCUAUUUGCUAUUACAACUCACCGGACGCUGGAGGUGGUUGGGUGAAAUGCGACUCAUUGUACAAAAGUGUUACAAAACCUCUGGCCUCCACAGAGCCAAGAGUAACAGAAUUGCACAAAGGAGCUUCACCCCAACAAGAAACUUAGGGCAUUGAUUCCUCCUCCUCCUCUUGAGUUUGGGGAGGGGGGGUGGUGCAGAUUGUUCUUUAAACUUAUUAUUGUCAAUUCAAAAAAGAAAUAAUAUUGUCAAUUGUAUGUAGCCUAGGAGACCAUUUAUUCUUUAGAGAAGCUCCUCCGGCUACACAGUUACAGUUGUAGGAAAGAGCGUUUAAGUCCAUUUCACACUGUGAUCUCUCUACCCUUUUCUUGAUUCAUUUUAAACGCACACUUGGAAUAGAAUCGUGUCCCCCUUCCUAAACCGUACCAGGUCCAACCCCACUGCCAGCUAUGGUGGUUCAUGUUUCCCCCAUGUUUCCUAGUUGAAAUGACACAAGAGCUCCUCCAAGCAGUGCAUCAUUCUGGGACCUCUGUUAGUUCCAGCUCUCCUUCUGCUUCCUCCAGAGCAGUCAGUAUCAAUACAUAGGCACUUGUAUGUGAAGGGAAUGUCCUUGCUCUCUGGGUUCCCUACAUACAUACAUACAUACAUACAUACAUACAUACAUACAUGUGUACAUGCGUGUUUCUGUGCUACUUGGAUAAAGAUCAUCUUAUUGGUCAGGAGAGCAAUAUCUAAAUAAAAAUGUAAUAGUUGAUUGUGCUGGACCAUAUCUUAUAUCAAGGCUUUGUGUAAAUACAGCGCUUUCAAUACUUUCACACUUGAAGGCCCCAAAACAUGUUGGGAAAAUCCCCGUAUGUAAUCACUGGAACGUUCCUUAGUGGCCCGGGGGUGCUCCUAAACCAGCACUAGAAGUCCCUCUUGGCAGUGAAUAUAGAUCUCGGUUUGUGUAAUGGGGAUACUUUGGGAUUUCAGGUUCACCCUAUUCUCAAGAGAAAGUAUAUAAUUCUGCAUCAUAUAUAGAAACAUAACACUGUGCUGGAGUUUUGAACCUGACGUCUUCACCAGCCGCCCAACUGUGCAUAUUUACUAUUAUAUAUUCAGCUCCUUCUAACUGUCCAUCACUUACAAAUAUGCACUUUUGGUGGGUGAGGUUUAAUGGCUCCUCGUCAUACUGUCACAUAAAACAUUCCUCAUAUGGGUCCUGGAUGUGUCUGGGCCAGGAGUCUGUUAAUGAAAUUAUUGGUUUUUCUUUUUUAAUCUGAAUUUCUCAGCUUUUUUUUUCUUCUUUUCUGGGGGUUGUGAAGACAAAUUGUAUUACGCUAUUGCUCUCAAGUAAACGAGUUUCUGAAUGAUCCAUCAUUCUUCGAUGAACUUGCUCUAAUUUCAGUUGCCCUUCAUAUAAUAUUUUGUUACGAUAACAGAAUGUUGGAGGGGGCAUUUUACACAAGCUUUGUAAGUAGAGCUGUAGGUAUUGUGAAUUUUGUAAAAUGGUCCAUUUAAUCUUGUAUGUUAAAUUUGUAAAUAUUCUGCAAUAUAGUAUUUUAUGCCAUGUACCUUUUUCAGGGGGUAGAGAUUGCGCAACCAAAUGCUUAAACAAGGAGAAGAUACAUGUGGUAUUUUAUCAAGGAGCCCCCUUUGCCCCUCUCUGCACUGGACCCUCAUGUAUUGUGUCAUUCACAUUGAAUGAUGAUAAUGGAGAAAUAUUUGGCUCUCGCAGCUGAACUUGUGUCUAAAUAAAAGCUAGAAGUAGCAUUCCGUGUA